UACCCCGCAGCAACAACCACGCUCAUCACAUCCUUCUCUCGCUCCCCUACCGCGCAAAACCCACACUCAUCACAUCCUUCUGUCCCUCCCUCCCUCUCCUAUCUUCUUAUUCUCCUUCCUGCCUUUCCAUCCGCCAGUUCUUGCGGUCUGUGUGUGUGUGUGUCACACAUGCGUCGUGUAUAUGUCUACAUGUGAGGCUGUCGCUGGCUGGUGUGUCCCUGUGGGAUGGUGCCUCGUCGCUGGCUCCAGAGACACGGAGCAGACGAGGAGGACGCCGUGGGGCGAUGAGCUUUGUGUUCCGGCGCAUCAUGAGCGGAGGGAGGCAGCGCUCGGAGGAAGGCCAGCAGGCGCCAGCUAACGGCUCGGCGGCGGGCGCCACGCCACCGGCGCAGCCCCACUCGGAGCAGGCCUCGCCCGAGAGCUCGCCCUCCUGCCCGGGGCUUCGUGAGCUGCGCAGGCUGGCUGCAGAGCUGUGCCAGGCGGGACGGCCACCCACCGCCUCCUCGCCGAGGGAUCAGGAGGAGAAGCUGUACAAGGCCUUGCCACUCUUCAACAAGGUGUUUGAAGGGGUGCCGCCCCACCAGGUGUGCGAGCGCUUCCCCAGCCUCCUGCAGUUCACCUCCCAGGUGUCCAGGCUCGCUGUGAGCGAAAUCAGGCGUCGCGCGGCCAACAAGUCCACAGAGGCAGCUAGUCGUGCCAUUGUGGAGUUCCUGGAAGAUACGAUUGGAGAGGAUGACAACCCAGGCUGGAGGCUUCUCACAACCAUCAACCUCUUGUCUGGAACAGGGCAGAAAACGGUGGACUGCAUGACAACGAUGUCGCUGCCUUCCACCCUCGUCAAGUGUCUGUACCUCUUCUUCGACCUCCCGCCCGCAAGCCGCUGGGAGGGCGACCCGCGGCCCGACCCUGUCGCCCUGGAGAAGCGGGUCAACCUCCAGACGCUUUUGUGCAGGUGCUUGACGAUCCUGGUCCGGCUGUGCCGCUACCCGUCCCCAGCGGAGGAGCUGGUGCAGAAGGACGAUCUGGCGCUGCUGUUCGGUGCCGCCACGUCCUGGUGCCCCCCACAUAACCUGGCGUGGCGGAGGAGUGCCGGUGACGUCCUGCGUGCCGUGUCGCGCCACGGCCUCACCAACAACAAACCCGUUUGA